UUGAUGAGUUAAACAGCAGCAUCCUAUGUGUGAGAAGCCAAUGAGAGCUGCUGGAGUUCACUACUUAACAACAAGAGAUACUCGAUAAUCUUUGCUUAACAGCUCUGCUGCCGCGCUGUCCCAAGAUUUCUGGCAACGAUGGAGUGCAGCCAGUCUGUUGUCAAUUUCGCCUCUGAUUGCACCAAGCUGCCUCUCUCGGUGCUGCUCCAACUUCAGAAGGACCUUCUGGAUUACCGUGGACUAGGAAUCAGCGUGCUGGAACUGCACCACAGAUCGCCAGAGUUCGCUGUAGUUCUGGACGACACCAGAGCCGGUUUGAGAGAGUUGCUGAAGAUCCCAGAAAACUACAAAAUACUCUUCCUGCAAUGUGGUGCAAGUGGCCAAUUCAGUGCUAUUCCUUUCAAUUUUAUUGGACUCAAGGAAGCCAGGCGUGCAGACUUUGUUAUCACUGGGCCUUGGUCUGCUGAGGCAGCGAAUGAAGCCAGGAAACUGGGGGAAGUGAGAGUUGUCCACCCUGAACAGACUGAUUAUACAAUAUUCCCUGAUCCUAGCAAGUGGCAUCUCAGUCCCGACUCAUCCUAUCUCUAUUAUUGUGCCAAUGAUUCUAUCAGUGGGAUGGAGUUCCACUUCAUUCCAGACUCCAAGGAAACUGUCCUGAUCUCCGAUAUGUCAUCCAACUUCCUUUCUAAGCCUUUGGAUGUCUGUAGGUUUGGUGUGAUAUUUGCUGCUGCCCAGAUGAAUCUUGGUUGUGCAGGAGUGACAGUGGUGUUAGUGAGAGAAGAUCUACUAGAAUCUUCACUCAGUAGGUGCCCAACUGUAUUUGACUAUAAACUGCAGGCAGACGGUAUUACUAGUUCUCCUCCAUGUUACAGUGUUUAUAUCAUGCACUUGCUGGUGGAUUGGAUAAAGAGCCAAGGGGGUCCUGAAGCGAUUGAACAAUGCAGUAUAGCUAAAUCCAAGCUGCUAUACAAUGUGAUUGAGUGCUCCAGUGACUUCUAUAUAUGCCCUGUUGAUCCGAAGUGCAGAAGCAGAAUGAACAUAUUAUUCAGGGUUGGUGGCCCUGAUGGAUCUGAUUGCCUUGAACAGACUUUCGUCAAUAAAGCUGCAGAACGUGGCAUGAUUUCAUUGAAAAGCCACAGAUCAGUUGGUGGGAUCUGUGCCUCGCUCUUCAAUGUGACACUAGAAGAAACGCAGAAGUUGGCAGAAUUCAUGAUAUCCUUCAAGAAGGAGCAUAUUUAGGCCAUGACAUAACAAUAAAACUGUCUAUUAUCUACCUAACCAUCAUAACAUUGACAUAUAACCAAAUCAAUGUGCUUGAUCUCUGCAACAACUAAUGGUUUGUAGCAUCUCUCAAUACCUGGUUGAGCUAAGAUUUUGAUGAAAAUAAAGUUGCAUCUUUAUGAUCUUU